CAAACCAUCGUCUGUUUUAUAUUUCAUCUCCUUCCGCUAAUACGUCAGUCGGUCGGUCACCGACUUUUAUAAUUAUUAACUAACUCUGAUCAUGAUUAGCAAUGUUUUGAUUUAGGCAUUCAGCAUGCGGUACCAAAUCUAUAACGACAAAUAUGAAUCACCCUAUAGAUAGCAGAGACAGUGUGAGUGCUUUGAACAAUUUAUUACUAAACAGAAUAACACUGAAUAAAGGAGGAGAAGAUCAAUUAGAAUGUUAUGGUUAUAAAAAGGACACCCUUAAAGACAUUGUUUUCUUUUUAUUGGUGAUAUUAACCUGUGGACUUCUACUAUUAAUACUAUACUGGAAGCCAGAAUUAGAGUGCUAUAUCAGAAGAAGAAAAUGUCCACUAUACAAGGCUAAAAUUAUAUUAAUAGAGAAUCAUGUGGGUCAAUUUACUGUUACAGCUGUUCAGUGUUAUAUACAAGAACAAGAAUGUGACGAUGGGAUAUCUGCACCAUCAGAGAAUACUGAUCUUGUCUCCUAUAAUGACACAACGGUUCGUUACUUUGACUUUCAUCAUGUUCGCUAUAUAUGGGAUAAAAAUCAACAUAUUUAUAAAAUAUUGGAAGACUUGUCAUGUGGAGUUAAAUGUUCAGCAAUCCAUGAUAAAUAUCAUGGACUCAGUGAACAGGAACAAGCUGAAAGAAUUGGUAUUCAUGGACCUAAUGCUAUUGAUAUAGAAGUCAAGUCAUACUGGAGAUUAUUUAUUGAGGAAGUGUUGAAUCCCUUCUAUAUAUUUCAAAUAGCCAGUAUUGUACUGUGGGGUUUUGAUGAAUAUUAUUAUUAUGCUAGCUGUAUAUUUGCUAUAUCAGUAGUUUCUAUAUGUAUCAGUCUCUAUGCAACAAGAAAGCAAACAGUGACAUUACGAAAUAUGGUUUCAACUGUUAAAUCUAAUAUAACUGUAUGUAGAGGAAAUGAUGUAUAUGAAGAGAUAGCUACAGCUAAGCUAGUACCUGGUGAUAUGAUUGUUAUACCAACCCAUGGUUGUAUUAUGACUUGUGAUGCUGUGUUAGUGGCAGGAACAUGUAUAGUUAAUGAGAGUAUGUUAACAGGUGAAAGUGUACCGGUGACUAAAACAACGUUAAGUCAACAGAAUGAUGAAGAGAUUUAUUUACCAGAGAAUCAUAAACGUCAUACACUGUUUGCUGGUACUCAUGUUGUACAGACCAGAUAUUAUGGUCAUGCUAAAGUUAAAGCUAUUGUUAUUAGAACAGGUUAUAACACAGCCAAGGGAGAAUUAGUUCGUGCCAUUUUGUUUCCGAAACCUCUAGGAUUUAGAUUCUAUCAAGAUGCUAUGAGAUUUAUUUUAUUUUUAUUGGUUGUGGCGUCUUGUGGAAUGGUUUAUUCUCUCGUGAACUAUAUACGUGAAGGAGUCAGUACAACAGAAAUUAUUUUACGUGUUUUGGAUAUAAUAACUAUUGUUGUGCCACCUGCUCUACCAGCGGCCAUGACAGUUGGUACUGUAUAUGCUCAGAGUCGUUUAAAGAAAAAAGGAAUAUUCUGUAUCAGUCCACCUAGAAUCAAUUUCUGUGGAAGAAUCAACGCCUUUUGUUUUGAUAAGACGGGAACAUUGACAGAAGAUGGGUUAGACAUGUGGGGAGUAGUACCAGUUCAAGAUGCCAGUUUUUACCAUCCAGAGCGUGAUGUAGGUAAUCUAUCACAAGGACCUGUAUUAUUGUGUAUGGCUUCCUGUCAUUCUCUAACUAUAAUUGAUGGAGAAUUAACAGGAGAUCCACUAGAUCUAAUUAUGUUUAAUUCUAUAAACUGGGUUUUAGAGGAACCUGGACAAGACAGCAGUAAAUACGAUACUAUUAUGCCAACUAUAGUUAAACCAUGUCGAAAAGAUAAUUUUCUCACCGAUGAGGCUCCAUUUGAAGUUGGGAUAGUUCGACAGUUUACGUUUUCGUCGAGUAUGCAGCGAAUGAGUGUUAUAACUCGUUCACUGACGGAUAAUUUUAUGGAGAUUUACUGUAAAGGUGCACCAGAGAAAGUUAUUAGUCUCUGUAAACCUGAUUCAGUUCCUGAAAAUUUUCAAACUAUGCUACACAAAUAUACUGUACAAGGGUUUAGAGUUAUUGCCCUUGCUUAUCGGCCAUUGGAACCCAAAAUUACCUGGCAUCAAGUCCAAAGAAUAUCAAGAGAUAAAGUGGAACGUGACAUGACAUUCCUUGGUUUAAUGGUUCUACAGAAUCAACUCAAACCACAAACUACACCAGUGAUGAAAACAUUGAAGAAAGCCAAGAUUAGAACUGUGAUGGUUACAGGUGAUAUGAUACAGACGGCAAUAAGUGUAGCCAGAAAUUGUAACAUGGUAGGUCCGCGAGAUCAGGUUAUUAUCGUCAAGGCUACUCCACCAACUAAAGACGAAGGAGCGAAGGUAGAAUGGGAGAGUGCCGAAUUACAGGGAGAGGACACGACAUGGGAUGAUCAGGACUCCAAUAAUUCAGAAAGUGAAAUAUCUGAUGCACAAAGGCCAUUAUUGGAGGUUAAGUCAUAUCAACCUAUUUCUAUGGAAGAAUUGGACAGCAGAACCCAUCUUGCCAUUUCAGGAAGAUCAUUUUCUGUGAUAACUAAUUAUUUUCCACAUUUGAUGCCAAGAAUAUGUGUUAAAGGAACUGUAUUUGCUAGAAUGGCCCCCGACCAGAAAUACCAGUUAAUCGAAAACCUACAAAAGCUUGAUUACAUUGUGGGUAUGUGUGGGGAUGGUGCUAAUGAUUGUGAGGCAUUAAAGGCUGCUCAUGCUGGUAUAUCAUUAUCUGAAACAGAGGCGUCGGUGGCAGCUCCUUUUACUUCUAGAAUAGAUAAUAUUGAAUGUGUUCUUACAGCUAUGAGAGAAGGAAGGGCAGCUCUCGUAACAGUCUUUGCUUGUUUUAUAUAA